AUGUACCAGAGCCCCGCGCGCUGCCUCUGCUCGGCGCUGCCCGCCCUCUGCUGCGCCCCCGCCGCCGCCCCGGCCUCCCUCCUGCCGCCGCGGCCCCGCGCCCCCCCGCCGCCCCUCGGCCCCGCCGCCCCGCGGGCAGCAGCAGCGGGCGGCCCGCCCGCCCCGGGGGCGCCGCCCCGCACAGUGUGUUCCAUGGGAAACAGCACCAGCCGGCUCUACAGCGCGCUCGCCAAGACGCUGAGCAGCAGUGCUGUGUCCCAGCACCAGGACUGCCUGGAGCAGCCAGACUCGGCACAGCUGGAUCCUAUAGACCCCAAGGAUCUGCUGGAGGAAUGUCAGAUCGUCCUGCAGAAACGGCCACCCCGGUUUCAGAGGGACUUUGUGGACCUGAAGAAAAAUGCUGCCAGUAACCACCGCCCCAUUCGGGUCAUGCAGUGGAACAUCCUUGCCCAAGCUCUCGGAGAAGGCAAAGACAACUUUGUUCAAUGCCCCAUGGAAGCUCUGAAAUGGGAAGAGAGGAAGUGCCUCAUCCUGGAGGAGAUCCUUGCAUACAAGCCUGACAUCUUGUGCCUGCAAGAAGUCGACCACUACUUUGACACCUUUGAGCCACUCCUCAGCCGACUCGGCUACCAGUGUACUUUCUUCCCGAAGCCGUGGUCCCCGUGCCUGGAUGUGGAGCGGAACAACGGGCCGGAUGGCUGCGCCUUGUUUUUCCUCAAAGACCGCUUUGAGCUCAUCAACAGUGCUAACAUCCGGCUAACCGCCAUGAAGCUGAAGACCAACCAAGUGGCCAUAGCUCAGACUCUGAAGUGCUACGAAACUGGAAGACUGUUCUGCAUUGCCGUCACUCACCUGAAGGCCCGCACUGGCUGGGAGAGGUUUCGGUCCGCGCAAGGCUGUGAUCUUCUCCAGAACCUGAAGAGUAUUACCCAAGGCGCGAAGAUCCCUCUGAUCAUCUGCGGAGACUUCAAUGCAGAGCCAACUGAGGAGGUCUACAGAGAAUUUUCCAACUCUAGCCUCAACUUAAACAGUGCGUACAAGCUGUUGAGCCCUGACGGACAGUCAGAGCCCCCAUACACCACCUGGAAGAUCCGGCCCUCGGGAGAGUGCCGGCACACGCUGGAUUAUAUCUGGUAUUCCCAGCAUGCCUUGAAUGUGAACUCAGCCCUGGGCUUGCUGACUGAAGAGCAAAUUGGGCCCAACAGGCUGCCAUCAUUCAAUUACCCUUCCGAUCACCUCUCUCUGGUGUGUGACUUUAGUUUUAAUCAAGACCCCGACAGACUGCUGUAAUGUGUUGGAAAGCCACGUGGUAUUGCAGUGUCUUAACUCGCCACUACUUUAUUUUGGAGAAAACUUUUGAAGCUGGAAGCUAUUGAAGGAUGAGGAAAUACUGUUGACUAAACAUUAUUUCGGGCACUUGUUUG